GCCCGUGUGAAGCUUAGUAUAAGUCUAACUGACGGUGGUACAGUAAUGCAUUUUCGGGCCACCCUUAACAAGCGUGACUGAGCGACACGUUGAUCGAUUUGGUCGAGAUAUUUCGGUAGAACUUGUGGAGAUGUGCAGAAUAAGAGUUAGUGAAGUAUUCCUGGGGAGUCAACUGGACUGAAAGCAGAACAAUCUAGUUCCUGUGGUGCAAGGCCGUCUUCCUCUCUUCUCUCUAUCUCACCUAAAAAGUGGAUUGGGUAUUGUCUAUCAAAUCACGAUGCUCCAGCAGUCUACUCCAAACAGCGGAGGCAGCUCUUUGGAGCCCUCUAUGUACCGACACCGUCCUGCCUCAGAAGAAACACAGGAUAUUUCUCAUUUGUUGGCCUGCAUCUUUAAGGAGCUGUACACUGCCGAUGUAAUCGGGAAGGAUGUGCUUGCCAAUCUUGAGAAAUCAAAGGGAGGAGAGGACACCUAUCUUAUGAAUUAUGUCGAGGAGCUUAAGAAGAUCCAUUCAGAGUACAAGAGAAGAACAGGAGAAGCAGACAUGCUGGAGCAGCACAUCAUCCAGGCCCGAGCUCGAGCAGCUGCAGACGAGGAGAGGGAACUGCAAAGGAGGAAAGACGAAGCAGGAGACAUAUAUGAGUCGCUGUCCCUACCACUGGCGGAGUCUACCUUCAGGUGGUGCGUGAACAGCAAACUUUUGCGAAAACACAACCUGAUCUGCCCAGAUGACUACAUCUCUAACCCACCUUUACCUAUCAAAGCACCCACAGCUGAAUCACCUGAGGAUUAUAGAAGAUCAACCUUCAACGUACGAAUGCACGAGUCUAAAUCUCCACAAGAUGAGAGUGACACUGGAAUUCAUUCCCCUGGGAAAACGAUGGAGAGUCUGCUGGCCGAAUCAGAAAGCUCCUAUACAUUGCCUCCAACUCCCGAGUCCAGUGAGAAACUGAAGAGAGCCCCCAUUCAAAAAAUGGAAAAGACUGCCCCAAAGAAACCAUCAUGGUACAGGUCAAGAAUUCAGGAGGAAGAAGAGCUUGCAAAAUAUGAGGAAAAAAAAAACUUUCUGAAAAAUCCUCGAUCUCUGCCCCCAAAUGUCCAAGGUGGAGGAAAAUCCUUGAUAAUCCCCAAGAUGAAAGUAGAGAAAAUGGUGUCUGGAAGAAGGGUGAUACUGGAAGAAAGUGAUCCACAGAAGCCUAUACCAGUAUUUCUGGCCAAUCCACCCUUCUUGCUUUUUACCGACUACAAAGUUGGGCAGAUUUAUGAGACCAACCUUGAGUUACGUAAUUUGACUUCUGCAAGUCGUCAUGUCAGAGUUAUACCACCAUGUACUCAGUAUUUUUCCAUUGGCCUAGGAAAGUUUCCAGGUGAAGGUGGCAUGGUAGCUCCAGGAAUGAGCUGUCAGUACACUGUCCGCUUUAUUCCAGACUGUCUGGCAGACUUUGAGGACUUCAUUUUAAUUGAAACUCAGGCCCCAUUCCCUCUAAUUGUGCCCAUUGAAGCCCGGCGCCCACCACCUAUAUUAACCUUGCCCCGAGUACUGGAUUGUGGCUACUGCUUGGUUGGUGGUGUGAAGUUUACGGAGUUUCUGUGCAGGAAUGAAGGUUUAAGCCCUGGGAGGUUCUGUAUUAUGUCAAAAAAGCAAUGGCCAGCUGCAAACUUUCGGUCAGUGGCAACACCCGGUUUUGUGGAGAAGCCCCCCUUUGCAUUGGGACCUUUCUUCUUUGAGUUACUGCCAGGCGAGGCCACCCUGCUAGAGGUAGCCUUCCUCCCUCCAUCUCCUGAAGCCUUCUCGGAAGUCUUCACCAUUGUGUGUGACAACUGUCAAGUAAAGGAGAUCACAGUUACAGGUUCAGGAGAACUAGUUGCAUUACAGUUGACCUCUAUCACUGGAGGAGAGGACAGCCCCUACCCAGAGGAGAUUACUGACCUGUCUGCUAAUCACUUUGUCCGCUUUGAGCCUCUUAAUCCUCAUUCCGUUGCGAGAAAAACAAUUGUCAUACACAACGCCACGCAUCUGGAGUUGCCUUUCUGUUGGCGGAUUGUGAAACCAAACCUGAAACCUGUUAUGCCGAAUGAGGUGCUGGACUUGGCUAACCUGGAGUACACUUUGGCCACUGAGACCGCAUUUGACAUCAGUCCAAACCUAGGGGCUCUUGCGCCACACCAGGAUAAUGAAUUCACAUUGAGUUUUUGUCCUUUGGAGCUCCAAGAUUAUCAUGUUGUGUGUCAUCUACUCCUCAGAGAUAUUCCAGAGUCUGUAAAAGAAGGCAACGGCUGCAAUGUUGAAAAGCAAGGCCGGCAGACUGCACCCACAGAAAAAAGCUCCUCAAUAAACGAUGUUGUCGUAAUGGAGAUUGAGGUAAAAGGACCCACAGAGCCCUUUAAAGUCCUGCUGGAGCCGUAUGCCAUUCUCAUUCCCGGCGAAAACUUUGUAUGCACAACGUUAAAGAAACACUUUAAGAUGUGGAAUAACAGCCGAUCAUUCAUCACUUUUCACUGGGACCGGAUAUGCGAUUGCCACAUCCUGGAAGUACAGCCACCUACUGGAGUCAUAGAAGCUAACGAAUGCUGUGAUUUAGAACUGGCUAUAACAGGAGGGAAACCAGGAAAACGCUCAUUCAGUUUGCAGUGCCACAUUGAACAUGACCCUGAUCCUGUCAUUCUGCACGUCGAGGCAGCUUUUAAGGGUCCCCAAGUUUGCACUGACUGCCCUUCUGUGGAGCUCGGCCUAAUGAAGCUUGGAGAGAGCGCUUUGAGCACAAUCACAAUCUACAACGUCAGUCAGCUUGUGGCCAACUGGAGCAUGAAGGAGACACCUGCUGAAGGACAUGAAGACUUUUGUGAUAAGGUUAAAAUCAAUCCAUCCAAUGGGACUUUACCACCUUUAGGCAGCUGCAACAUUGCAGUUUUCUUUCAGCCCAAAAGUUGUCAGCAUUUUGAGACAGUCCUCGAGCUGGAAGUGGAACGGGGCACUGGAUUCCACCUAGCAAUCCAAGGAGAUGUUCAGCUGCCACAGGUUUGCCUGCAGACAUGUGAGCUCGUCUUCAGUGAGCUUUAUGUGGGGGUACCUGCUCAGGGCUCUGUCAAGUUAUUCAAUCAGACACUCCUGCCAGCUACGUAUACCUGGGGAGAGUUAGAAGGCCAACAAUCCUGCUAUUGCUCUGCUGUGGUCCACAACCCAAAUGGAACAUUAGGACCCAAUGAAGAAAGAGAAAUAAAAGUUGAAUUUCUAACUUACACAGAGGAGGAGCUCACAGACAUUGCUCUGGUGUGUUCAGUGAAUGGGAUGGAGAAGCCUCUAGUGCUGGGGAUUUACGCAAAAGCAAGUGGCCUCCGUGUUUCAUAUUCUAUACCCUGUUCAAGUUCAUUGCCUCAAUCCACAUCUGAGUCGAAUAAUAAGGAAGAAAUACUAGAAUUUGGAGAGGUUUCUUUCAAUACUCCAGUGAAGAGACAGCUGGUCAUCACCAACCUCACUGCUAUCUCUGCGGCAUUCCUAGUAGAGGCCGAGUAUUUCAGUGGCAGGCCUCCGUCUCCACCUAUACAGUCGGCAGGAGCAUCAAGAACAGGACUGCAUAACGCCGUAAUACGGAAACCUGUCAGUAGUGCUGUUGCCAAUCAGAUGGAGAAGAAAGCUCAUCAAGAAUUUGUGGCAGCUGUACUCUCACAUGGCAGGGGUGCAACAUUCUUUGUCCAUCCCUACAGAGGAACUAUUGGACCUUUCCAAAAACAAACGAUUGACAUUUUUCCGUUUGCUAACAUGUGGGGAGACUACCAGGAUAUGCUCGUUUGUAAGGUGGCAGAUUUGGAGCCUACAACCUUCCUAAUGAGAAUGUCCGUGAGAGGCUGUCCCCUCUACUUUCAGAUAACAGGGCCACAGCAGGAGAAAAAUAACCAAGGACCUAUAAUAAGGUUUGGUUCACACAUUUCUGGAGGAGAUACCGUGUCUCGUGCAUUACGUAUCAACAACACCAGUCCUUAUGAUAUACGCCUAGACUGGCAGACAUUCAACCAAGAGAGAGGAGACAUGAAACUACUAGAUCUUUUGAUUUCAUUUGGGGAGCCAUUCCCAAGGAAGGAUGUUGAUGGUAAUGAAAUCAUUGGAGGAGACUUGGAUUCUGUUGAGUGUGAAAAUCCGAGUUGGGACUGGAAUAAACUUCCCAGUACCACAGACACUAAUUCCUCAAGGAAUGCUGAUUCUAUCAUAGAGGAGGGAAAUGAGAAGGAAGACGAAAAUGAAGAGCCCAAACAAAUAAAGGUUGUCUCUGUCAAUCUGCGGCCUCAUGAAGGCAUCAGCUCAGACUAUCCUUUCUGUAUCACCCCUCAGCAGAUUAUUGUUCCAGCAAAGGGCAAUGCUACCGUUCAUGUUUCGUUCACUCCUCUGACCUUGACGGAAGUAAAUAAAGUUGAGUGUGUAGGAUAUGCUUUGGGCUUCAUGAGUUUGGAGAGAAAGGUGUGCUGUGUCCCUGAGAAAGUCCAACGAGUUCAAGGAUACGAACUAGAACCCCUGAGAUUGGACCUGAACGGAUCUGUCAAGCCCUCAUUGUUGACGGCUGAAAUUGAAGAUGAAGAGGGAGCAGUCAUGUUUUUUGUGGCUGCCAGUGAUUUAAUACCAAAGGAGCCACACACAAAAAUUCUAACAGAGUCCAUAUCUACACGCAAUCUGAAGCUAAAGAACUCCACCACGACUCCCCUGGUUUUCCGGCUCUUGGCGCCAGGCCCUUUCAGCAUUGCCCAAAUGAAUCCAAAAGGAGGCAUGAAAACGUCGCAGAGUGAAAGAGAAGAGGGCAAACAUCUGCUCCUCGAACCCUCGCACAAUAUGCAGGUGAAGGUUGAGUUCCACAAUUCCUUUGCACUGUUAACAUAUCAGAAUCAGCCAAAGGAUCUGCUCCCUCCUGGAGUCCAACUAAUCCAGUAUGAAAAUGGAGAGAGGAAACUGCAGUUUGAGCAGCAGCUUACUGUGGAAUACAGCAACAAAAGCACUCAGUUUAUACCUCUGUGUGCUCACCUGGCAUUGCCCACACUCCACAUUUCUUCUCACACCCUUGACUUUGGGAUUUGCUUCGUGGGACAAACCAAAAUCCUGGAUGUCUUUCUGUCAAACAGAGGCAGAUCUAACAGUUACUGGACAGCUAUUUUAGAGAAUUCUGAGAAGGAUGGAGUCUUUUCAAUUUCUCCUAUCAACGGGACUCUAGAAGCCAUACCGACUCACAUGUCUACAAGUCGAGAGACCCUGCAAGUCAGCUUUACUCCGAGAGACAGCACAGAAUAUAAAGCCUCUGUCACUAUCCAUGGAAAACUUGGUGAGCAACCGCUUCAACUAGCGAUCACCGGGACAGGGUCAUUUGAUGAAAAAUACGAAAUGUAUUACACCAAUUUGUAUUGAGGUUGUCCAAACAGGAGUCAGGCCACAGUGCAGAUCUCAUUUGUUGGAGAGCCUUCAAGCGUAAACAGAUUUGCUCAUAUUUUGUUAAAUUGCUCUUAUUUAAUACAGCUUUCACUGCUGUGUUUUUUAAUUCUUUCUACUCUGAACUGUUUUACUUUGUACAUUAUAGAGCUUAGUCCAGUGUCCUGUUUUCAGAUUUGAUCAGUACACAGACUGAGAUCUAUUUCCUAUAUAAGUGACUUUUGAUGUUUCUUAUAUAUUUCAUAUAACUGACUGUGUAAACUUGUAUUUCCCAGGGUAUAAUGUGCAACUUGCACCUGGGCCCACUCUUACAGCAAAAGUGUCUAUCUGCAAAAAAAUUUUUAAAACGUGUAAAGCUGAUUAUUUAAAACAUUUUGUUUUUGUCAAUAAAAGACAUUUUUCUUCUCGAUAA